UUCAGCUUCUUUAGCUGCGGUGAGCGUAACCAGAGGACUGCAGCAACCGGGUUCUGGCGGUGGAGGUCUCGGGUUCUCCGGUGCCUUUCGCUUGCGGUGGUCGCGAUGUUUUUCUCCGAGGCCGGAGCCCGGCCACGGACGUGGGAAGCCAGUCCCUCAGAACACAGGAAGUGGGUGGAAGUAUUUAAAGCAUGCGAUGAAGAUAACAAAGGCUAUCUAAGCAGAGAGGACUUUAAAGUUGCUGUUGUAAUGCUGUUUGGGUACAAGCCUUCCAAGAUAGAAGCUGAUUCCAUGAUGUCUUCAGUAAAUCCAAACACUUCCGGUAUAUUGCUUGAGGAGUUUUUAAAUAUUGUUAGAAAAAAGAAGGAAGUUCAACUCCAUCGGAAUGAAAUAAGACACAUCUUCACAGCUUUUGACAGGCACUAUCGUGGGUAUUUAACUUUGGAAGAUUUCAAGAAAGCAUUUAGGCAGGUGGCUCCCAAGUUAUCAGAAAGGACUGUUCUGGACGUAUUCAGAACCGGAGCGAACUCCUGUUGACGUGGAAUGCAGUAAACGGGAACAAUGAGACUUGGUCCCUAAAGACGUGUCUUCAUCUCCGCACAGACUGCGUCUAGCCACCAGCCGCAUCUGCUCUUCCACCACUCUGCUGUUCAAGCGUGGGUGCUGUGAAACCUUCCUUCUUCAAGGCAACUCCGCCCGCAAUGAAAAACAAUAUAUUUCAGCUUUUAAAAUUAUAGCUCUGAAAUGUGAAUUUCCUCUUCACCCUCCUUGAGACGACCAGACCACGCUCUCUCUCUCUCUCUCUCUCACUCUCUCUCUCACACACACACACAAUAAUGAGGAGGAAAAGUCAGAAGAUAGAAAGUAUUUUACCCCGUCUCAUUCUAAAUAUAAACACGAUGUUCCUCCAUUCACUAUAUGAAUAAAAUGCCACUACAAACCUUAUGAAUAAAUGUUUCCAUUUUAACGAUUCUUGGUUAUACCGUGCCCAUUUUAUGAUGGGAAGUUUUGGCAAAGACAGCAAGAAAAGUAAGUGAAUGCAAUUACAAUGAAGGUUAUUUACUGAGAAAAAGGGAUUCCCUUUUCCACAAACAUUCAGCAUCUCAGUAAGUGAACAAACACACUGAGAAAAUAUUCUCGGAAGCAGUUUAUUCUAAACAUUACUUUUCUAGUUAUCCUCUUUAACCCACCCUCUGGGAUUUGUAGUUCAACCAUACCAGUUCAGAGUGGAAAGAAAAAAAGGCCACUUAUCUAAUCCAUUUCCUUCAGAAAAAACACGUAGGCAAUAUUAAGAAUCUUCAAUUAUCUAAUUUAAUAAAAGGGAAGGUUUAUAUUCCGUAGUCAGUAACAUGUGAUACUGAUUAUUUCUAAUCCCUUAGAAGAGAUCUGACAUUCUGCUUUUGGUCCUGUAUAGCAUGAAAUCAUCAUGUAUAUUUUACCAAAAGAAGUAGCAAGAAUAAUGGCCUCUGUAGUCUACAGUCAUUUUCUACGAACACACUGCAACAUGGUUUCGCCCUGGGGCAGAGAAGUAGGGAUUUUCUCUACUUCAAAAGAAUGAAAAAUUACCAUCACUAUCCAGAACCAUUAUAGACUUCGGAGACUUUGGCAUGAAAUAUUCAGAAAGUUUAUUUUAGAAUUCAAUAUUUUAAAAGCCUGCUUUAAAACUAUUACAGUGAUUAGUGGCUCUGUUACUUGGGCCAGUCUUUGCUUUCAAAAGCCCUGUGUCAUGGUUGAUACCAUUUGUUGUUUCAACAAAAUGUAAUUUGCAUCAACCACAAGAGCUCUACAUAAGGAAUGUAAUGCAUUGUUUUAGAAGGCCCCCCAAAGAGGAAUUGUGACCACUGCUCAUCAGUUACCCUUUCAAACACACUUCUGAAAUAAACGUUACCUUUCCUGGUCAUGGUUGAAA